UUCCAUGUUCAAUAAAAGCUCUGUUCUGAUCCCCUUUUUGAGACUUGUUUCACUUCUGUCCUGAAGAAUGCAAUAUGCAAUUGAUACCAACUAUCAACAAUGAUUAGAUCAUUAGAUGAAUCACAAGGUUAGAAGCUUGAUAAUCAAAUACUCAAACAGAUAAGUGCCUUUAUUUGGUUAGCAAGGCUUUGGAUAAAUCCUCUUGCUUUCUGACUAUAGAAUCUAAGAUGAUGGAAGGAGACAAUGAUGGUAGCAAUGAUUUUAAUUCAAAUGAGGUCGUGGUUGUGGGUUCUUGCAUGAUAGAUUUCGUAGGAUAUGCCCCAAGACUUCCUAAGCCAGGAGAAACAAUUCAUGGUACCGAAUUCGUCACCAAUUUCGGUGGAAAAGGUGCAAAUCAAUGUGUAGCUGCUGCUAAAUUAGGUGUUUCUACAACACUCAUUGCAAGAGUUGGAAAUGAUUCAUGGGGGGAUAAAUACUUAUCUAAUUUAAUGAAAAAUGAAGUGGAUACAAGUUUCGUCUUCAAAACUGAUGGAGAAUCCACUGGUAUUGCACAAAUUAGUGUUGCCGAAAGUGGGGAGAAUCAAAUCGUUAUUAUUGCUGGAGCUAACAAGAAAUUAUGUAUUGAAGAUAUAGAAGAGGCUUCUGAAAUUAUUGAAACAGCUAAAUUAUUGAUAUUACAGCUGGAGACUUCAGUAGAUGUAGCUGUGAAGGCUAUGAGGUUAUGUAAGGGUAUUUCCAUUUUAAAUGGAGCACCUUUUACAACAGAAUAUGAUCCUUCUCUCUUUGAGCUACCUACAAUUUUUUGUGUUAAUGAACAUGAAGCAUCCCAGUUCACUAAGUUGCCUGUUACCAAUAAAAGGGAAGCGGAAAUAGCAGCUUCAAGAAUGAUUUCACUUGGUUGUAAAAGUGUUCUGAUCACUUUAGGAGCCGAAGGGGCUGUUUUUGCUGAGAAAACAUCGGGGAAUAUUUUUUAUGUAGAAUCCCCGAAAGUUGAAUGUGUUGAUUCGACAGGAGCAGGGGACGCAUUUAUCGGUGCAUUAGCGUAUUUCCUUGUGAGAAGGAAGGAUCUACCUAUGGAAGAGAUGGUGGAGAAAGCAUGCGUGGUUGCCGCGGAUUCUGUCACGAGGAAGGGAACUCAACCCAGCUUUUCUGAUGAGCGAAUUUUAGAAAAACUAGGCAUUUGAAAAUGUAUAUUUUAUUAUAAGACUAUAAAUUAUUACACUUUCUUUUCAAACAAAAA